GUUACUCCGUUCAUAAUAAAAACUUGAUUUAACUUGCAUUUGUUUUAACUCUCUUGAAUAUAAACAAGCUUUCGGACCUGAUGUUUUGGUUCUCAAUUAGAUUAACUGUUUUCCUGUGGGAUAUUGCUUCAUAGAAAUCAUACUAAACUAUACAUAUUACAUCUACACUGGCCGUAAGUUCGCCCUAAAACUUUUUCUCCCAAGGCCGAAUAUCGAGGAGCCGUCACCACCAAAACUCACCGACGCCGGUGGAGCUUUUGCUCGCCGGCGUCGGGAUAUUUCGACCAUAGCUUCCGCUCUGUAUUCUCUCUGCUUUCUUAGUUUCCUUUUUCAAUCUUUUUUUCCCCUUUUGGUUCUCGUUUUACAACCGAUGCAAACCCCCCUCAAUCAACCAGAUCCAACCUCACUGCCGACGGAAAUCAAGUCCCCUUGUCUCUUUAAUCAUCGAUCCGGAAUGGCAAUCACCUCUGCAGAUUUCUCUUCCCCAAUGUCACCCGAGCCUUGGCAGGCGGAGACGGAGGCGACGGUUGGUGAGGAAUCCUCCAGAGAAAUGAUUUUUCUCCGCUUUUGGGCUACCAUCUUGAACACAUACCAUUCCCUGAGCUUGGCAGCUCUGUAUCUGCUUUCACCGGAGACGCAGAAUUUCCCUUCACUCUCCCUGGUCAGCCGCUGUAUGUAUCAUCUCUUCCGAUUUAUCACAGCACUUUUCCUGUGGAUGAACAUCAAAACAAAGAUCGGCAUGUUAGCUUUACAGAAGGAUUUGCCCAAAUUCCAAAAGCCCAGGUUCUAUCUAUCUAACCCUCUAUUAUCCUGUCGACUUUGUCUAGAAUUUGUGGCUUUACUCGGUGUUCGAAGACUGCAUCAGAGAACCCAUUUAGAUAGGCUGUCUUGGAUGUAUAAAGGGUAUGUUAGAACUAUGGUGUUUGCUCUGCUCUUGACUUGGUCGGGUGAAUCCCGAAACUGGUUUUAUCAAAGGGGUGUCAACCCCCAUCACCCACCAUAUUUCCUGAAGCUCAGGUCUGUUGAUUCAUGUUCUGUGUAUUGCCGAUCACAAUCUUUGUGUGGAAUUCUUGAUCACCAUCUCCAUGGCAGAGAGGAUCCACCUGAUUUGUCACGGUCUUACACGUAUUCCUUGCACCUGCUAAUCACUUCAUUGAGAGGAUCCACCACUUAUGAUACGAAUUUAUACAUGCUGCUUACGAACCCUGGUUUUAGCUCCAAUGAUGAACUCUACCUCGCCUAAACUUUUGAAGUCUUAUGGCACCGCAGCUCUGAUGACACAAUACCGAGGAGGUGAUUUUGGUCUUAGAGGUUUCUCAAUCAACAAUCACCCCUCGACAAUUCCGGCCAAUUGCUUUAAACACCGCCGCCUCAAGCAACCCAAUAUCUUCACCUCCAUCACCACCCGGACUUUUGUCCCCCAACUCCUUGCUCUGGCCUUGCUUCCGCUAGUGCUCUUCACCCAGGCGAGCUUUUUGGCUCUACCUACCAUUUCAACGGCACAAUGUCUCUUGACUGUGACCAACUUGUCAUCUGUCGAACUCAUCGACGACGACCAUUCUUGCAACCUUGAUGCCACAUGUACCCAUCUGCUCCAUAGCAUUUGUUUCAUAGCUAUCAUGGAUCCUUGCUUGAUGUUCUAUCUUUCUUUAUUUAUGCUUAUGGUUUUGGGGAAAACCUUUGUAUGUUACUUUUUAAACUUUGGGAUUUUAUAUCCUCUUCUUUGUAUUGUUUCUGUCUGAUUGAAUUGAAACAACCGUUUG